CAUAUUGGUAACCAUGGAAACUGCAAAGCAUAUUCGCUGCUGAAUAAUCAUAUCGUGUAUCGAUAAUUUUUUUUUCAUAUUUGUAUAAAGAUAUGUUAAGUUGAACGAUCUUCUUAGAUUUUAUUUGAUAAAAAAUCUUAGAAAGAUAAAACUGGACAUGGAGAAAUAUAUCAUCAAUGGUCAGAUCGGUGAAGGAGCGCAAGGCUUGGUUCUAAAAGCAUUUGAUACGUCCAAAGAUCAAGAAGUAGCGUUAAAAAAAAUUCUAAUUAAAAAAACCGAAGGUGGCCUUCCCAUCUCCAUUAUACGUGAAGUGAAAAGUUUGCAGCAAUUAAAACAUCCCUAUGUCGUUGAACUGUUGGAUGCUUUUCCAAGUGGUUUAGACUUUGUGAUGGUAUUCGAAUAUAUGCCAACAGGUUUAUGGGAAGUAUUGAGAGACACCGAGAUAUCCUUGACACUGGCGCAAAUUAAAACGUAUAUGAAAAUGUUGUUGGAGGGUAUAGCGUACGUGCAUGGCAAAAAUAUAAUACACAGGGAUUUAAAACCUGCGAACUUGUUGAUCAGCGAGAAAGGUAUUUUGAAAAUUGCUGAUUUUGGCUUAAGCAGAUUGAUGUGGCGGGAUGGCAUAAAGCCAUAUUCGCAUCAGGUUGCCACAAGGUGGUAUCGAGCACCGGAACUACUUUAUGGGGCACGAUAUUACACAUCCGCAAUUGAUAUGUGGUCGAUUGGUUGCAUAUUCGGUGAAAUGCUGAACGCAUCGCCAUUAUUUCCAGGUGAAACUGACAUCGAACAAUUGGCUAUAGUCUUGAAAUAUUUGGGUUCACCUACAUCCGAAUCUUGGCCCGAAUUAACUUCGUUACCGGAUUAUAACAAAAUCACCUUUCCUUAUCACAAAGGCACAACGUGGGAGAGAAUCAUUGAAGACGCUCAGCCCGAAGCUGUUGAUCUUAUCAGGCAGAUCUUGAUUUAUAAUUCGUCAAAACGUCUCACAGCUGAACAGGCAUUAUGUCACAUAUAUUUUUAUUCAAAACCAUAUCCUUCCAUGAAAAAUUUAAUAAAACCACCGCAAGAUCAUCGCCUCCGAGUAAAACCAAAAGAAAUCGAUCCAAAUGUGCAAGCAAGUACGCUUUUCGAAAAUCUUCUAAGCAUUGUAUAA